AAGGCCCGGUAACAAAGCCCACACGAACGGUUACAGAUCCACAUCCAAAACGAAAAUGUCUCGUUACAAAAACAAAAAACUUCGCUGAUCAACUGAAAAACUGAAAAACUGAAAAAGAAACUGGUAGAGAGUGUUGCUCUCUCUAAUGCCGAAUCGGAUCUCCGUCUCCGUCAAUAGCUUGUGUCUUCAUCUUCACGUCCGGCAGCAAGUGAUAGAAGGAUCCGAAUCUGGUUUUCCAUUGCAUCUGGCUUGGUGAUGGAACAAGGUUUUCAUCAAAUAAAAGCAGAGUGAUUUGGAUCUUUCUACAUUGUAAUCUAUGGGGACUAAAAACAUAGAUCGUACAGGCUUCCCUGCAAGACCUAUUUCCCUACCUUUUGUUUCUUCCCAAGCUAUGCCAUCUUUUUCAUCGAUAGGAUUCGCUGCUGCAUCAGAGCCUCCUUCUUUCCGACCUACUCCUCCUGAAACCACCGUGCCAUUUUCAUUGUCAGGACCUGCAGUUCAACCUGGGGCACCUUGUUUUAGACCUGCACCACCAAGGUUAAAUUACCCAUCCGAGCCUCUUCCUCCCCCUCCCCCAUCAUCUAAUGUCCCCACAAUGCCGGCUGUUGGACCUUUCCAGCAUUUUCCACCACCGGCCUUUUCCUCGAUGGCUCAGCCUCCUCUUACAUGGGCUGCACCCAUGGAACAACAAUCAAUUCAACCUCCUGCAAAUCAAACACUUCCUUUUAUCUCAUCUCUUCCACCUCCUGCAAAUCAAGCACCUCCUUUACUCUCAUCUCUUCCACCUCAGCCGCAAAUGCCUAAUGUUCCAAUGGAAUGUCCACCUAUUGGUUCAAAUGUUCCCCCUCUUUCUCAAUAUCAGCCAUCUUUUCCUGGAUACGCCCGUAUGCAGCCUGGUGCUGAAAUGCAUGCUCCACCUAUGCAUUCCUCUAUUCCGGCUAGUCAAGGAAAUUAUGGAACUGCAGCAUCUUCUCCUUUUUCACCUCAUCAAGGCGGCUACACUCCAUCACUUCCAAUGCCUAAUCCACUAGGUAUCCAGCCUACACAGCAGCCAGGAUCAAUACCCCUUACUGGUCCCAUUCAAGGCUUAACAGAAGACUUCAGGUCAAUCACAAUGCAAACUCGCCCUGGAACAAUGGAUCCAUUAUUUGAUGCUAAAGAACUUCCUAGGCCGUUGGAUGGUGAUGUGGAGCCGACAAAUUUGACUGAGAUGUAUCCUAUGAACUGCAAUCCCAGAUAUCUACGAUUCACGACCAGUGGAAUUCCUAACUCCCAGUCCUUAGCUUCAAGGUGGUAUCUGCCUCUUGGAGCAGUAAUAUGUCCGCUUGCUGAAUCUCCUGAUGGGGAAGAGGUGCCUAUAAUUAGUUUUGCUCCAGCUAGUGUUGUGCGCUGUAGAAGAUGCCGCACAUAUGUGAAUCCUUAUAUGACAUUUACAGACGUUGGAAGAAAGUUCAGGUGCAAUGCAUGCACCACACUUAAUGAUGUUCCUAGUGAAUACUAUGCACAAUUAGAUGCCACUGGCCAAAGAGUUGAUUUGAAUCAACGACCCGAGCUUACAAAGGGUACUGUAGAAUUUGUUGCUCCUACUGAGUAUAUGGUGCGGCCUCCUAUGCCCCCAUUAUAUUUCUUCCUCAUCGAUGUUUCCAUGUCUGCAGCUAGAAGUGGCAUGAUUGCGGCUGUAGCCCAAACAAUCAAGUCUUGCUUAGAUGAGCUGCCUGGCUUAUCACGAACACAAAUAGGGUUUGCAACUUUCGACAGCACUAUUCAUUUUUACAAUAUGAAGUCAUCCUUGACUCAACCACAGAUGUUAGUUGUCUCUGAUCUGGAUGACAUAUUUAUUCCACUGCCAGAUGAUCUUCUUGUUAACUUAUCUGAAUCAAGAAGUGUGGUGGAGAGCUUCCUAGAUAGCUUGCCAACUAUGUUCCAGGACAAUGCUAAUCUGGAAUCAGCUUUUGGUCCGGCUAUUAAGGCUGCUUUAAUGGUUAUGAGUAAACUUGGAGGGAAAUUGUUAAUUUUUCAAAACACACUACCAUCUCUUGGUAUUGGCCGCUUAAAAUUACGCGGAGAUGAUUCUCGUAUUUAUGGGACAGAUAAGGAACCUGGUUUGAGACUUCCCGAAGAACCGUUUUACAAGCAAGUGGCUGCUGAGUUGUCUAAGUGUCAAAUUUCAGCAAAUAUAUAUGCAUUCAGUGAUAAGUACACUGACAUCGCCUCCUUAGGAACUCUGGCAAAGUACACUGCUGGUCAAGUGUAUUACUAUCCAGAUUUCCAAUCAUCUAUUCACGGGGAGAAAUUGAGACAUGAAUUAAGAAGAGACCUCACUAGAGAGACUGCAUGGGAAGCUGUAAUGCGUGUUAGAUGUGGAAAAGGUGUUCGUUUCACAACUUUUCAUGGAAACUUCAUGCUAAAGUCCACGGAUUUGUUGGCACUUCCAGCUGUAGAUUGUGAUAAAGCCUUUGCCAUGCAGUUAACACUUGAAGAGACAUUAUUGACAACUCAGGCAGUUUAUUUUCAAGUUGCAUUGCUUUACACUGCUUCUUGUGGAGAAAGGCGUAUAAGAGUACACACGAUGGCACUGCCAGUAGUUACAGACUUGGCUGAUAUCUAUCGCUUAGCUGAUACUGGUGCAAUUGUAUCUCUGUUUAGUAGGUUAGCAAUUGAGAAAACAUUGUCCUAUAAACUGGAAGAUGCACGGAGUGCGUUGCAACUGAGAAUUGUGAAAGCCCUGAAGGAGUAUCGAAAUAUUUAUGCUGUGCAUCAUCGCUCGGCCAACAGAAUGAUAUAUCCUGAGUCUUUAAACUUCCUAAUGUUGUAUGGAUUAGCUCUUUGUAGAUCAACUGCUCUACGUGGAGGGUAUGGUGAUGUUCCACUGGAUGAACGAUGUGCAGCAGGACAUACAAUUAUGGCUCAUCCUAUAAAAAGAUUGUUGAAACUUCUCUAUCCUAGCUUGAUUCGACUUGAUGAAUAUCUUCAGCAGGCAUCCGUACAGGCUAAUGACUUCAAAAGUAUCGAGAAAAGGUUACCUUUGACUAGGGAGAGCUUAGACUCUAGAGGCCUUUAUAUAUAUGAUGAUGGUUUCAAGUUCAAUAUAUGGUUUGGUACAGUGAUUUCACCUGAUAUUGCAAAGAAUUUACUUGGGUCGGACUUUGCGGGAGAAUUAUCAAAGGCUACUCUCAAAGAGCAUAACAAUGAAAUGUCGAGGAGGCUGACUAGGGUACUUGAAAAAUUAAGAAAUAGCGAUCAAGCAUAUUACCAGUUGUGCCACCUAGUGAGGCAGGGUGAACAGCCCAAAGAAGGAUUCCUCCUUCUUGCAAACCUUGUUGAGGACCAAAUGGGUGGUAAUGGCGGGUAUGCUGAUUGGAUGCUACAGAUAUCCCGACAUGUGCAACACUGAUAAUACAUAGCUACGGACUGUCAUCUUUGUUAGGGGUAGUAACAACAGGCAUGCUGAUUUGAUGCUACAGACAUCCCGACAACACGUGCAAUACUCAUAAUAUACAGUGUGGUUUCAUGACUUGGCUAGUUGAUCGUUGCAACCCCUAAGAAGGAUGCUUCUAUGAGAAUUUUGGUUCAACCUUGAAUGUUAGAUGAACUCUACUGUGGUGAUUGAACAGCCGUUUGAUAGAGGAAAAUGAAGUAAAGAAACAAUUUAGUUCCAUGUAUUUUUUUAUCUUGCAAUACAAGUUUGUCUCAUUCUAUUGUUGGUGUUUGGCCGAUUCAGUCAUUUUUGUAGAAAAAGAAAGUAGACAGAAAAAGAUGACAAGGUGAAAUUAGUCUGCAUAGUACUGAAUUUUGUUUGGUUACUAUUAUUAUUACUUACCUUGAUAUUUCUUGUUUGAAA